CACGCCGACGUCCGCGACGCGCGCGCGCCGAUCGCGCGACGAACCGCUCGCGCUCGCGUUCGUUCACGCGCCCGAAUCUCGCGCGCGCGCAAAACCGCGCGCGCGCGGACGCGAGACGCGGAAAUCUCGACGAUUGCGCGCGCCGACCCUCGCGCGCUUUUGAGUGUUCGCGCGACGUCGACGGGACGCCGCGACGCGCGCGCGCGAUCGAUCGCGAAGGAAACGCGAGGGAAGAAGAACGCGAGCGCGUGAACGCGCGGUGCGCGGCAUGGGGGCGUACACGUACGAUAGCGCCACGCACGGGCCGCCGAUCGGGGUCCCGAGGACGAUUGGCAAGGCGCGGACGACGGCGCGCGGGGACGACGCGGAGGGCGAUUCCGGUUCCGGACGCUCGAGCGAUGCCCCGCUGUCGGUGAAUGUUUUUGGAGGUGGGACACAGUUCGCGAGGUCGAGUCCGAGCGAGUCCGAGGUCGGCACGCCGGGUCGAGGGAUGGAAGCUCCUCGAAACGGGACGGCGACGGCGAGGCCGCGCGGGCGCGCGUCGUCGGGUUCAAAGUCGCCGACGGAUCUCAGCGAGACUGAUUCAGAGCAAAGUAACACGGGGAAGGGUGAUGGUGCGAACAAAUUGGUGCAUAAAGAUUUGGUGACAAACUUGAAGGCGCAAGCGCGCAGACACGAUUCGAGAACGUCGCUCUACAGAGGGGUUUCUCUGUUGCGGCAAACCGGCAAGUACCACGCGCAAAUCAACGUGCAGCGGAAACAGUUGCAUCUUGGUUUCUUUUUCAGCGAAGAAGAGGCCGCGCGGGCGUACGAUCGGGCGGCAAUAUUCAAGGCUUCGGUAGAAGGCGGCACCAUCUGUACAAAUAUGGACAUCAACGAUUACAAGGAUGAAAUUCCCACCUUGCAGGCGAUGACGCAGCCCGAACUGUUACAAAUGUUGCACGAGAUGAAGCUGAAGAGUAACGAGAGUUCGGCGCCAAAUUCGCCGCGAAAAGGAAUUAAACCGCGCACAAGCACCAAUUCCAAGCAAAUGGCUCGCGAAAAUCGAUUGGAUCGUAGUAACAGCGGCAGCAUUGAGCACGUGAUCAUCAAGGCGAACUCGCAAGAGCCGCCGACGAGUCCGCGUUUUGACGCGUUAAACAGCGCCGUAGGUGUCGUCGAACGGGAACAGCAAGGCACUUUGAGUGUUGUCAAUGUGGCUGCUUCAGUCACCGUGCAGCACACGUGUCCGGGUGUGAUUGAUUUACACAUCAGCAAGCGUCGAAGGACGCGAAUACAACCCAGACAAGCGCCCGCGGCAGCGUAAACUGGCGCCUCGACGUUGUCUCGAGGACGGUGACGCCGUGUGUAACGUUGAACGAUUUUUGCUUUGAAGGUUCCUUCGUCUAAUCGAAUGGGCUGUUUUUUGUUUAUUAAAAGGUCGCAAGGCCAUAUAGGAUAGUUUUUGACCGAACCGCAGCUGCGCACUUUUUGGCUCGCCGAGACCGACAGUCUCGGCUAGGCAAACAAGUGGCAUCCUUCUCCCAUG